AUGGUCGACUGGGCGUGGCCGAGCGCGGACUCCGAAAAACGCCUCGAACAACAUUCGCAGCUCGAUCGACGGCGUGAUGUUUAUAAUUACUGUCAUAUAUCGAAUCCCACGAAAUUCUCCGUGGUUAAAUUGCAAAAAAAGAGAAGUGAACAGGCUCAUCCGACCGAUGCACCGAUCCCUGUACCUUACACUACAAAACUUGGCCAACCCCUGUUACCUGGACAAACUUUGGACAUCCAUGGAAAGAUCAACAGUGAUGCCAGCAGGGUCGAGAUAAAUCUGCUUCAUGGUGCAGCACAGAUUGAUCCUGGACAAGCUGUACUUCAUGUGAAUCUUCGUUUUGACGAGAAAAAGAUUGUCAUGAAUACAUACAUGGAUGGAGUAUGGGGGAAAGAGGAACGCGAGUCGAUGCCCUUUAAACAAGGCGAGAAGUUUGAUCUCAAGAUGAGGGUGUUGGUUGAUGGCAUGGAAAUUUGGUGUGAUGAUAAGAAGGUCCAUCUGUACAAGCAUCGAAUGCCAUUCGAUCAAAUCGAAUAUCUGCAGAUCAAAGGCGACUGCACGCUGAGUGGUGUACAUUGGGGUGGAAAAUUCUACCAGGUCCCAUGGGAAACUGGUUUCCCUGACGGACAUCUACGUGCAAGUCAACGUAUCAUGUUACACGCGAUUCCAAAGGGGGAUCGCUGGAAUUUGGAUUUGCUCGGAAGGGGCGGUGACAUCUUGUUCCACUUUAAUCCAAGAUUCAAAGAUAAGCAGAUCGUUCGAAACUCCUACAAAGGUGGUAUCUGGAAUAAAGAGGAACGUGAGGGUCCGUUCCCGUUCGAAAAAGAACGCGGUUUUGAUCUCACCAUCGAAAAUGAACCUUACUCAAUGCAGAUCUUCGUAAACAACGAGCGUAUUGGCACAUUCCAACAUCGUACCGAAAAUCCUACACAGGACUAUAUCGGGAUGAGAAUCGACGGUGAAAUUGAAGUGACCAAUGUCGAAUUCGUCUGA